CCUGUGCAGGGUGGCGGCCGUGGCGGACGGUGCAAGGUCGGAGCGGGCGAUUGGAAGAAGGAGCAAGGACAUCCCCCCGUGAUCCCGUGACGUGACGGCGUCAACAUGAGCUGCGCGCAUUUCUCGGCUUGAAACGAUCAUCCUCCAUCUUCCAUCUUCCAUCUUCCACCUUACAUUCACCUGUUAUUCACUCCCUCCUCCCUCAAUCCACCUCCAUCCUUCAAUCUCCCGUCCAUCCACGUCCAUCAAUCGUUCUCCCUCGUCGUCCUCACCGAUCACCGAACCAUCAGAGCGCGAUCAUCCCUUCCCGCGGCUACUACAUCCCAUCCACACUUAGCAACCUGCACACCAACGCGUACACGCGACUUUACGCGUCAUGUCAAUUGUAAACAUCCGCAACAUCGAACUCAUCAACAACCCCGCAAAGUUUGAUGAAGACUAUCACUUCAAGAUCAAGUUUGAGGCCAUAGCCCCACUUGCGGAGGACCUCGAAUGGCGUCUCAUCUACGUCGGCUCGGCCAACACCGAGGACUUUGACCAGGAGCUCGACUCAUGUAUGGUCGGCCCCAUUCCUCAAGGCGUGAACGCGUUUGACUUCAUUGCCCCUGCGCCCAAGCACAGUCUCCUCCCCUCAGUCGACGCCGAGGACAUUCUCGGUGUCACCGUCAUCAUCAUCACCGCGUCGUAUCGUGACAAGGAAUUCGUGCGCGUCGGAUACUACGUCAACACGUACUACGAGGAUGAGGUGCUCAAAGAGAACCCGCCGAAGCAGGUUCUCUGGGACCAGCUGUACCGCAAUGUCCUGAUCGAGAAGCCCAAGGUCACACGAUUCCAGAAUCCAUGGGAUUCGGAGGUUGCGGGUGGGGCUGAUGGCUACGAGGACCAGCCAAUGUCGGGGGACGUGUACAACUCGGUGCUCCCGCCACCGGUGCAGGCUGCCCCAGCAGCGCCUAGAAACGACAUGGACGUCGACCAACCGGCCAUUCCAGCAUAGGCGAGCAGAGAGGAGAGGGAGGGCCACUGUGGCGGUGCAUGUCUCGCCCUGGCGCAUGCGUUACCCAUGUAUAGAGCUUGUGGAGUGGCAAAGUGGCGGCCGGGAGGAGUGGGGGCGCGAGGCCGCUUAGGAUGAGCGCGAGCGCAUAUGAAGAUGUCGUUUGGAGUUCAGUCGGGAGAGAAAGUCGAGAAUGCGCUUGACUCUCAGGCGCUAAUCCGGCUGUGGACUAGGUAGCAUAGGUGGUAAACAUGAGUCCACUGAAAUCAUCGAUAAAGCUACGGGGUGAUGGGUACGAC